AUGAAGGCAUCUAUCGUCCUUGCUGUUUUGGCUGUCUUUGCCGGAAAGGCGCUUGGUCAAAAUUGCCGCAGGCUGAACCAGGCCUGUACUCGUACCCCUUUGUUGGGCCGGGCGGAUAUUGACUCGCGACCUAGAUCCCGUCUCACUACUGCUGUCCUGGGACCUACUGCUCACCUGGAGGCAUUUGUCAGAGGACUUAAGAAGCCUUGCUCUGUAGGCACAAGGUUUGCCGAUAGCAGUUGA